UGCAUGUUAGCAACAAAUUGUAGUUCCAUUGCUCUAGUUGAACAUGUUUUUUUUAAGGCCGCGUUAUAGCUAUGUCUAUCGUCUACAGAUUCUUAUUCUACUAAGAAAGUUGGGUUUAUCGAUCAGUGGCAAGGAUAAAAUCAAACCACAGGAAGUAGCAGGGGUAGUCGGGGCCUUGAAGAAUGAGACAACACAAUCCAGGACUUUCAUCCGUGGGAUUCAGACUGUCACUUUAAUCCCUGGUGAUGGGAUUGGUCCAGAGAUCUCCACUGCUGUCAUGAAGAUAUUUGAAGCAGCUAAAGCACCUAUUCGGUGGGAAGAGAGAAAUGUUACUGCCAUUCGGGGACCAGGUGGAAAGUGGAUGAUACCUCCAGAUGCCAAAGAAUCAAUGGACAAGAACAAAAUAGGCCUGAAAGGCCCUUUGAAGACACCAAUAGCUGCUGGCCAUCCCUCCAUGAACCUGUUGUUGAGGAAGACCUUUGACCUCUAUGCUAAUGUGCGGCCCUGUGUGUCCAUUGAGGGCUACAAAACCCCCUACACUGAUGUGAACCUGGUUACAAUCAGGGAAAACACCGAGGGAGAAUACAGUGGGAUUGAACAUGUUAUUGUUGAUGGAGUUGUACAGAGUAUUAAGCUCAUCACCGAACAAGCCAGCAAACGCAUUGCAGAAUAUGCUUUUGAAUAUGCAAGAAAUAAUCAGAGGGUCAGUGUUACAGCUGUUCAUAAGGCGAAUAUCAUGCGCAUGUCAGAUGGACUUUUCCUACGAAAAUGUAGAGAGGCCGCUGAAAAGUACAAAGAUGUGAAAUUCACAGAGAUGUACUUGGAUACUGUGUGCCUUAAUAUGGUGCAGGAUCCCACACAGUUUGAUGUAUUAGUGAUGCCAAAUUUGUAUGGCGAUAUUUUGAGCGAUCUUUGUGCCGGAUUAAUUGGAGGUCUUGGAGUAACUCCUAGCGGAAACAUUGGCACAAAUGGUGUGGCCAUAUUUGAGUCGGUUCAUGGAACUGCUCCAGAUAUAGCAGGAAAAGACCUGGCUAACCCCACUGCCCUGCUGCUCAGUUCAGUCAUGAUGCUGCGACACAUGGGCCUGCAUGGGCAUGCCAAAAAGAUUGAAACUGCCUGUUAUGAGACAAUUCGAGAUAGAAAGGUUCUGACAAAAGAUCUGGGAGGGAACUCAAAGUGCUCAGAAUUCACAGAAGCAAUAUGUCAGCGAUGUCGAGAUAUGGACUGAAAGGACGUUGGUGAGACCAGUGAGUUCAUUGUUAGGGUUUGGGUCACUUAAUCAUGUCAUGCUGUAUCCGCACAAUUGAACCAAAAUUUACUUUAAAAAAGAAAAAAAAAACACACAAGUCAGGCAGCUGAGAUCCUGAAUGUUUUAUUUUUCUCUCUGCAUGCUCCAAAAAACAGUGUUAACAACAGUUUUAUGUGUAUGUAAAAUGCAAAUGUGAUGUUCCUGUUUAAUCAAUGGUGAAUAUUAUAUAUUUAUUGGCAAAAUGUAUGUAAUGUAUUUGACAAUGCUAUUUAAAGACAGAGCCACAAAUGCCACUUGAGAAACAAUCCUUUGCUAACAAAUCAAACUCUGCUUGACAUUUAUUUGCUUAGAAAAUAUGUGCAAACACAAAAAGGUUUCCAUAACAUGAAACUUUCAGAGAUUUAUUUAUUCUGUUAACUUACUGUUUCUUUUUAUAAAUAUAAAUUUAUGGAAGAAAAUUGAUAGUACGUUGACAUCAAAAAUGCCAUAAUUUUUAUUCAGUGUUAUUCAAAUGACUCUCACACCUGUUACAACUGAUUUCUUGGGUACCAGUGUCUUUCUCAUAAAUGUUAUAAAGCACUUCCACCAAUUUUCCAAGAUAAUUGGUGUUACGU